GAUGUUUCAAUGUAUGGGUAUAUAACGCAGCAAUCUGCCGAUAUCCUUUUGUCCAUUUUAUGCAAUGGCAGAUGUUUUGAAAGACGAGAAGAUAGAUGCGAUUGCUGUGGAGCGCAACAGCGACGAAGAGUUCGGAAACACUCCUCAGGAUGCACCAGACGAACCCAAAUCUCCUCUGAGGACAAAAAAGGCCCUAAUAGCAUGGAUGAUUUUAUGCUACUCUACUGGACCAACUGCUGGUGUAGCUGCUCGCUAUGUCCCGGCUGUACUGCAGUCGGGAGCAAACCUCCUCGGCCACAAGCCCGGCACCAAUGAGCCAUGCGCGAAGCGCGGGGUGGUCAAAUGCGUCGUGAAAUUUGGUGCUGGAGAAGUUGACUACAACAGCUAUGUCCUUUACUUGCAAUCAAUUGGCCGAGCAAUGGAAGGCGUCCUCACCAUUUUCCUCUCAGGAAUCGCGGACUUUGCGCAUUAUCGAAAAACUCUCAUGAUCAUCAGCAUUAUUAUCUUCGGUGCCUUUGCACUCCCAUUCACCUCAUUCGCCGACCGAACUUACCACAACCUGAUUACGGCUUCGGCGCUAUGGGUCAGCAUGACAACUGUCCAGGGCGCAUAUGGAACAUUGGAAUCAUCCUACAUUCCCCUAUUUAUGCGUGAAACAGGAUGGCUCACAUCACGAGCGCGAAUUGGUCAGGACGGCAAAGCCGUUCUUAUCGAGGAGGAGGAGAGCAAGAAGCAGCUUUUUAACCGUGGUACUUUGGUCAGCGUUCUGGGUCUUAUUUCGGGGAAUGUCGGGACUUUGACCUCUCUGCUCAUUGGCGUAAUUAUCACUUAUACAAGCGGCACGGGGGCGUUUGACGGUUACAAGGACUUUCUCCUUGCGAUUACAAUUGGCGGUUGUCUUACCAUCGUAUUCGGGAUUAUUGGAUACCUUACCCUACCUUCCGUCAGGGGACCCAAACUCCCGUCAAAGAAUCUACCCGUACUAGCGGUAAAAAGAUGGUUUGAGCUCUUCAAAUCCAUCCCCAAAUACCCUGAGGCUUUCAAACUCUGUGUAGGCUGGAUUCUCUGGAACACCGGCUACAGCAACUUCAACUCAGUCAUCGGCCUUCUUUUCCGCGAAGUCAGCGGCCUCGGCGUCGGCGACCGCCUCUACACCGUCUACACCUUCACCGCCGUGCUAACCGCCUCCAUUGGCAGCUUGACCUGGAUGUUCGUGUUCCCGCGGCUCGACUUCAAAAUCAAACAUUACGCAUACGUCUUCCUAAUUAUCAAUAUUUUCUGCAUAUUCUGGGGCACAUUAGGCAUAAGCAACAACGUUAAAAUCGGGUAUAAAUACGUCCCAGAGUUCUGGAUUGAGCAGACGCUAUUUUCCAUGACGAGCAGUGCGCUGCGGUCCGCGAAUAGGGUUAUGUAUGCAUCCAUGCUGCCUCGCGGGAGAGAAGCGCAUUUCUUCGGACUCGAGUUAACGUUGGAUCUUGCCACGGGGUGGAUUAAUCCGCUCGUGCAGUCGGUGAUUCAGGAUCGGACACAUAAUCUGAGGUAUCCGAUGUUGCCGAAUCUAUUCCUUUUGAUUAUUGCGGCGGGAUUUUACGUUUGGUUUGAUUUGGAUAAGGGAAUUAAAGACUCGCUUAAGUCGUUUAAUGACGUGGAGGUAACAGUGGAAUAAAGACCACCCCUAAGCGGGGGAAGUAAAGAGUGGCACAGAUUGUUCUCAGCUCCGCAUACGGCCUAAGUUGUACCCGCAAAAAUGGAGCCUCCAUACCAACUACAUCUCCCCCGUCCCUCAUCUAUAACAAAACAUUCCCAUCAACGGCCUCUCCCUAAUUUUAGAACCAAGUUGCCAUUUACCACGAAUUACAAAAUUCC